AUGAACGCAAACACAAACACAAAUGCAGUCCCGAGCGGCUUCCCGUCGUUGUUCGGCGGCCCAUCUGCCUCGCCCACCUCAUCCACCACCCUGCUUCCGCAAGCCCCAGUUCCACCUCCGGCUGUCUCAUUCACACCUCUCGGCUCCAGUGCGCCCACUCCAUUGUCCGCUGCGUCGUCGAACAACACUUUCGUCAUGCACAACUCGCCCAUGAAAAACAGAACCAUGGUCGAUGGCAACUAUCGCCCCAAAGUAACACGAACCCUAGGGCAGCGCCCAGCCUGCUUGGUCAACGCUUCCGUCACCUACUCCAGCAACAAUUCCAUCUACGCCUUUGGCGGGUUUGACCAGUAUACCGAUGAAGUCUACAAUCAUGUCUUGAGGUUGGAUCUUGCAAGUCAUCAAUGGAGCUUGGUGGACAACUACGGAGACAUCCCAGGCGUUCGAAUGGGACACACUGCUACCCUUUACCAGGGGGACAAGCUCUUGGUCUUUGGCGGCGAGAAUGAGCAUCGCACAUAUCUGUCCGAUCUGAUAGUAUUCGAUCUCAAAACCGCCCAUUGGACGCAGCCUCAGGUCACAGGCCCGGUCCCCAAGGGGCGUGCCCGCCAUGCUGCUGUGCUUCACGAGGACAAGCUAUUCAUCGUUGGCGGCAUAACAGGUCAUGACAACUACGUACUGGACGAUAUCUGCUACCUCGACCUCAAGACUUUUACAUGGUCUAAAUCAUGGCGCUUCGUUGGGAGGUUUGACCAUUCAGCCUAUAUUUGGAACAACAGGGUCUGGGUGUUCGGCGGUUUGAGCGAGGACAUGGAUAAAAUCGGUGAUUUGUGGUGGCUAGAUUUGAAGGGCAGCCCAGUUUUUGAGACACCUCCUCCGAUUGGUACGUCGGACCGUCAUCCGGCCAUGGGUAGCACACGCGGAUCUCCGCGUCAGCCCUACUUAAUGAGCGGAACCGGUGUUAUUGGCGCCUCGGGCUACGCAGCCAACUCUCGGACCGCCCAAGUGAGCACACCCUCUUUCCAGCUGAAAUCAUACGCACCUAUGGCACCAGGCUCUAUUUCAGCCUUGAAAUUUGUUUCAGGGCCGAAUAUGCCGUCUCAGCAGUUUGGCCAACACUACCAUCUCUAUUCCUCCGGGACGCUACUUGACUUCGUCACACCGGUAGUAGCGGCGACUUCAAAGGACUGUUCAUUGUCUGCACUAGAUCUUGGUAGUCUGCGGUGGCAAAAACUUGCCGAGGGUCGCGAGAUCUUCCGGCCUGGUUAUCGGUGGCAUUACUGUACUAUGAACGAGGAUGGCACGAAAGCGUGGCUGCUUGGUUCUCCUCAGGAAACCCCAGGCGAUAUGGGGCCACACGGCUUCGAGGAGUAUCUGAGCGACAUCAUGGAGAUUGACUUGCGCCGCUAUGGGUUCUUGGGGAAUAAUGCCCCGGAAGCGCGAGCUGAGUUGUCAAGGCCAUCUUCCCAUAGGGUGCCAGAACAGCCGUCCAAAGGACUCGGUCAAGACCUUGCCAAGUUGUUCAAUCAACCUCCUGAAUCAGGCAGUGGCACGGAUUUUGUCAUCACUGCCUUGGCUGGCGAGUAUGAGGAUGAUGAUAUGAUGAGCUCCAGCCAUACCCGUUCGGGCGAGUCGGAGCAGAAUUGGCUUGCUCCUGAUGCACCAACCUCUCCUCCUAUACAUGUCCACAAACUAAUUCUACAGGCUCGAUGGCCGCAUUUUGCGAGACUAUACAACGCUCAGAUGGCUGAAUUCCACACAAAAAAGAUGCACAUUCCUGAGCCGUACAGUGUCGUCAAGGCUUUCCUUUACUACCUCUAUACUGACAGUAUACACGUGGACGAUGGCGUGACGGAUCUAUCAGACGUGGCCGGGCUACUCGUCAUGUCGAACAUUUAUAACAUCCCGCACCUACGCCUACUUUGUGUGAACAGACUAUCAAAGGAACUUGAUGUUGUCCACGCCUGCAUUAUCUGGUAUUGUGCUGGUCUCGCUAAUGAAGAGUGGCUGAGGAAACGAGCUGCAGCCUAUUGCCUAACCAACUGGGGUCGCAUUGUACGAACCGAAGGUUUCCUGAAGUUGCCACGCACAGCGCUGGUGGAGCUGUCCCAGGAGAUUGACACCGAAGGUCGCGUGAUUGGUGGUGAAGAACUUGAAUACGUUGAUGGGGUUCAUGGACCUUGGGACGGUGCUAUGUCACGCAAGGACAGCGUUAGUAGUGACCGCACACAAGCUUUACCCUCUGACAUGGAUGACUCGGAGGGUAUGGACCUUGCAUGA